GGCUUGGCCAACCCCUUUCGCUCCUCUCGCCGCUUUGGGUUGGGGUUUAAGCGAGUGUGCGGGAGGCCGGAGGCGACGACGACGGCGCCGGCGUCGGAGAAGAAGAAGCAGCCAGCUCUCGUGUAUAUGUCUUCUUGCCCCUUCUCCGAUCUGGUGGUCGUUGUGCUCGUCGUCGCCGUCGUCGCCGUCCUCCUCCGCGCCCUCGCCUGCUCCAGCCGAUCUAUGCGCCAGGGGCUCAACGGCUGGAACAAAUCCUCGUCGAUGCUCAGGGACGGGUUCGGGGUGAAGUAUUCUGGAUUCCUCCACAUAAGGCCGUGUGGCUUCUGUCGAGGAGACUGACGGAUUCGGUCGAUUCGCGCCCGGCUCCGUCCAAUUUUUGCACCCGCCGGAGAAAUUUUCAUCUUUUCUAGAGUUUUUUUCCCCUUCAGUUUUAGCAAUUUUGGUGUCAAGUUUGGGAGUCCUCUCCGGCACAAGAGAUAGAAGAGAGAUGGCUCCGUUGAACCACCAGCAGAUUCUCAUCAGGAAGGCCCUGACGAAGAAGCCCAAGAGCAAGAGGAUCUCCGGGUUUGGCCUUAAACCCUCCGCUGCUCUCCUCAAGGCCAGGCCGCAGCAGCAGCAGCCGGCGCCGGUCCAGCAGAGGCGCCGCGUCCGCGUCCUCUUUGAGGACCCUGACGCGACGGACUCGGACUCCGACGACGAGGAGGAGGCCGGCACUGCCAGGUCCAAGCGCUUCUCUUUUGAGAUGUUCGUCGGCAAGGCCCCUGCAAAGCCUGUUCUGCCGGCGGCCACUGUGGCCGCGACCACCAGCGGCGGGACGCCGGAGAGCUACCGUGGCGUGAGGCUCCGCAAGUGGGGCAAGUGGGCGGCUGAGAUCCGCAACCCCUUCACCGGCAAGAGGCAGUGGCUUGGCACCUUCGACACCGCCGGCGCGGCCUCUGCCGCCUACCUGUCUGCCUCCAGGAGCUUUGCCGAGGAGAAGCGCCGCCGCCGCGGGCAACCUGUGCCCGCUUCCUCACCGGCUACCUCGCCGAGCACCACCCCGACAGCGUCCUCUUCGUCGUCCACAUCGGCUGCUCCGCUCGCCCACCCGUCGCCGUCCUCCGUGCUCGAGGGCACGAAGCCUGCACCGAACCCGGAGUCUCCCGAGCCGGCUACAACUCCCGCCCUGCCGUCCACCGAGUCUGCGCAGCUGCCGGACGACCCCGAGUUCUACCAGGACCUUCUGCGCGGGCUGCAGCUCCCCGACAUCGACCCCAUGGACUUCCGCGCCGGCCUGGACGCCUUGGAUGUCUCCGACUCGCCGUUCUGCUUGGAGGACGAGCAGGACCUGCUGUUUGGGGACUUCGCGGACGAGGAGAUGGACGACCUCGACCUCCUCGACGACAUCAACGACGUCUUCCCGGAGCUGCCCGGCUGCGACCUCGGCCGGGGCAUGGACGACUUCCUCCAAACCGUGGAUUUCUGCGUGUGAAUUAUGAAGUGCCUUAGCGUUACUUUGUUGGUGUGAUAAUUGGGCCUGCGAGUGUUCUUGGGACGGAGAUUUCUUUGGGUUUUUUCCCCGGGCAACACCAUCUGCCCGCGCCCAUGGAAAUUCUCCGGCUCCAAGCUUUUUGCCUUUUGUGAGGUAAUUUUGGUAGGUUAUGCUAAGUUAUAGUAGUGGUUAAGCCUUGUUUUUUCCAAUGUUAUUUGGUAAUGCUUGUCAAGACAUUAUAGUGGACAAGUCAUUGAGUGUUACUCCUAAGCUAUGGAAGGAAAAUAAGCUUUUGCAAUAACAUCGCUGUCCUCGCCGUCU